GCCCGAUUUGACGCAAUUAGGAACUACAAGAAAAACCAAGGCACCACUCUCUUCACCCAGCAAAUGAAGGCCAUCGUCAUCAAAAGACUGAUUCUCUUCAAGCGCAGCCUUGGGUCAGCCGUCAUCCUGCUGCUGCUACCUGUGGGCUUGACGAUGCUGGGGGCAAGUUACGAUAUGACAGCGGAGGAGGACGAAGGUUCGCCAGCCAUUUAUUUCUCACUUGAUGGAUUCAAGGACCUCAUUGUCCCCAUCUUCAGCAGGACAUCGAGGAACAACGUCAUAGGGCAGAUUUACAAGAACCAGUUCUCGACCUCGCCAGGGGUAACGUUCGUAGAGUCUAAUAAAACAUCCACGGUAAGCCAACUUCAGUCAGUUGGUCUUCAAGCUAGUGACAGAGUUAGUCUUCAACCUCAUCAGUUAUUGGCACAGUUAGUCUUCAACCUCAUCAGUUAGUGGCUAAGUUAGUUUUUAACCUCAUCAGUUAGUGGCAAAGUAAGUCUUCAACCUCAUCAGUUACUGGCAAAGUAAGUCUUCAACCUCAUCAGUUACUGGCAAAGUUAGUCUUCAACCUCAUCAGUUACUGGCAAAGUUAGUCUUCAACCUCAUCAGUUAGUGGCACAGUUAGUCUUCAACCUCAUCAGUUAGUGGCUAAGUUACUUUUUAACCUCAUCAGUUAGUGGCAAAGGAGGUCUUCAACCUCAUCAGUUAGUGGCAAAGUAAGUCUUCAACCUCAUCAGUUAAUGGCAAAGCUAGUCUUCAACCUCAUCAGUUAGUGGCAAAGUUAGUCUUCAACCUCAUCAAAUAGUGGCUCAGUUAGUAUUCAACCUCAUCAGUUAGAGGCAAAGCUAGUCUUCAACCUCAUCAAAUAGUGGCACAGUUAGUCUUCAACCUCAUCAGUUGGUGGCAAAAUUAGUCUUCAACCUCAUCAAAUAGUGGCUCAGUUAGUAUUCAACCUCAUCAGUUAGAGGCAAAGCUAGUCUUCAACCUCAUCAAAUAGUGGCACAGUUAGUCUUCAACCUCACCAGUUAGUGGCAAAGUUAGUCUUCAACCUCAUCAAAUAGUGGCUCAGUUAGUAUUCAACCUCACCAGUUAGUGGCAAAGGUAGUCUUCAACCUCAUCAAAUAGUGGCACAGUUAGUCUUCAACCUCAUCAAAUAGUGGCACAGUUAGUCUUCAACCUCAUCAGUUAGGGGCAAAGUUAGUCUUCAACCUCAUCAGUUAGUGGCAAAGUUAGUCUUCAACCUUAUCAGUUAGUGACAAAGUUAGUCUUCAACCUUAUCAGUUAGUGGCAAAGUUAGUCUUCAACCUUAUCAGUUAGUGACAAAGUUAGUCUUCAACCUUAUCAGUUAGUGGCAAAGUUAGUCUUCAACCUUAUCAGUUAGUGGCAAAGUUAGUCUUCAACCUUAUCAGUUAGUGACAAAGUUAGUCUUCAACCUUAUCAGUUAGUGGCAAAGUUAGUCUUCAACCUUAUCAGUUAGUGGCAAAGUUAGUCUUCAACCUCAUCAAAUAGUGGCACCGUUUGUCUUCAACCUCAUCAGUUGGUGGCAAAGCUAAUCUUCAACCUCAUCAGUUACUGGCAAAGUUAGUCUUCAACCUCAUCAAAUAGUGGCACAGUUAGUCUUCAACCUCAUCAGUUAGUGGCAAAGUUAGUCUUCAACCUCAUCAGUUAGUGGCAAAGUUAGUCUUCAUCCUCAUCAAAUAGUGGCAAAGUUAGUCUUCAACCUUAUCAGUUAGUGACAAAGUUAGUCUUCAACCUCAUCAAAUAGUGGCACCGUUUGUCUUCAACCUCAUCAGUUGGUGGCAAAGCUAAUCUUCAACCUCAUCAGUUACUGGCAAAGUUAGUCUUCAACCUCAUCAAAUAGUGGCACAGUUAGUCUUCAACCUCAUCAGUUAGUGGCAAAGUUAGUCUUCAACCUCAUCAGUUAGUGGCAAAGUUAGUCUUCAUCCUCAUCAAAUAGUGGCAAAGUUAGUCUUCAACCUCAUCAGUUAGUGGCAAAGUUAGUCUUCAACCUCAUCAAAUAGUGGCUCAGUUAGUAUUCAACCUCAUCAGUUAGAGGCAAAGCUAGUCUUCAACCUCAUCAAAUAGUGGCUCAGUUAGUAUUCAACCUCAUCAGUUAGAGGCAAAGCUAGUCUUCAACCUCAUCAAAUAGUGGCACAGUUAGUCUUCAACCUCAUCAGUUGGUGGCAAAGUUAGUCUUCAACCUCAUCAAAUAGUGGCUCAGUUAGUCUUCAACCUCAUCAAAUAGUGGCACAGUUAGUCUUCAACCUCAUCAAAUAGUGGCACAGUUAGUCUUCAACCUCAUCAGUUAGGGGCAAAGUUAGUCUUCAACCUCAUCAGUUAGUGGCAAAGUUAGUCUUCAACCUCAUCAAAUAGUGGCACCGUUUGUCUUCAACCUCAUCAAAUAGUGACCAAGUUAGUCUUCAACCUCAUCAAAUAGUGGCUCAGUUAGUAUUCAACGUCAUCAGUUAGUGGCAAAGUUAGUCUUCAACGUCAUCAGUUAGUGGCAAAGUUAGUCUUCAACCUCAUCAAAUAGUGGCACCGUUUGUCUUCAACCUCAUCAAAUAGUGGCACAGUUAGUCUUCAACCUCAUCAGUUGGUGGCAAAGUUAGUCUUCAACGUCAUCAGUUAGUGGCAAAGUUAGUCUUCAUCCUCAUCAAAUAGUGGCAAAGUUAGUCUUCAACCUUAUCAAAUAGUGGCACAGUUAGUCUUCAACCUCAUCAAAUAGUGGCACAGUUAGUCUUCAACCUCACCAGUUAGUGGCAAGUUAGUCUUCAACCUCAUCAAAUAGUGGCUCAGUUAGUAUUCAACCUCACCAGUUAGUGGCAAAGUUAGUCUUCAACCUCAUCAAAUAGUGGCACAGUUAGUCUUCAACCUCAUCAAAUAGUGGCACAGUUUGUCUUCAACCUCAUCAGUUAGGGGCAAAGUUAGUCUUCAACCUCAUCAGUUAGUGGCACAGUUAGUCUUCAACCUCAUCAGUUAGUGGCAAAGUUAGUCUUCAACCUCAUCAAAUAGUGGCAAAGUUAGUCUUCAACCUCAUCAAAUAGUGGCACCGUUUGUCUUCAACCUCAUCAAAUAGUGACCAAGCUAGUCUUCAACCUCAUCAAAUAGUGGCUCAGUUAGUAUUCAACGUCAUCAGUUAGUGGCAAAGUUAGUCUUCAACCUCAUCAGUUAGUGGCAAAGUUAGUCUUCAACCUCAUCAAAUAGUGGCACCAUUUGUCUUCAACCUCAUCAGUUGGUGGCAAAGCUAAUCUUCAACCUCAUCAGUUACUGGCAAAGUUAGUCUUCAACCUCAUCAAAUAGUGGCACAGUUAGUCUUCAACCUCAUCAGUUAGUGGCAAAGUUAGUCUUCAACCUCAUCAGUUAGUGGCAAAGUUAGUCUUCAUCCUCAUCAAAUAGUGGCAAAGUUAGUCUUCAACCUUAUCAGUUAGUGGCAAAGUUAGUCUUCAACCUCAUCAAAUAGUGACACCGUUUGUCUUCAACCUCAUCAGUUGGUGGCAAAGCUAAUCUUCAACCUCAUCAGUUAGUGGCAAAGUUAGUCUUCAACCUCAUCAAAUAGUGGCACAGUUAGUCUUCAACCUCAUCAGUUAGUGGCAAAGUUAGUCUUCAACCUCAUCAGUAAGUGGCAAAGUUAGUCUUCAUCCUCAUCAAAUAGUGGCAAAGUUAGUCUUCAACCUCAUCAAAUAGUGGCACAGUUAGUCUUCAACCUCAUCAGUUAGUGGCAAAGUUAGUCUUCAACCUCAUCAGUUAGUGGCAAAGUUAGUCUUCAUCCUCAUCAAAUAGUGGCAAAGUUAGUCUUCAACCUUAUCAGUUAGUGGCAAAGUUAGUCUUCAACCUCAUCAAAUAGUGGCACAGUUAGUCUUCAACCUCAUCAGUUAGUGGCAAAGUUAGCCUAAGCUUUUUUGACUUGCAGAGUAUUUUUUAGAAUUAGUUUCCAAUAGUCUUUAAAAAUUUGACCCAAAAUGACUUUCGGGGGUAUACGUCUGUUAGAACUUGAGGAUGUCUGAAAAAAAAAAUAAGCAAAACAAAAUGGGAUGUCAGAACUUUUAUGAUUUCUUCUUUCUUGCUUGAAACUUGUGUGGCAAUAAUCAGAAGCUUUUGGGCAGUGAUGAGAAUGUUGUACCGGUACAAUAAAAUAAAAUUAUAUACUGUGCUCAAUCCUCAUGUUCCAAUGACAAAACCACACUUGGACAUAACAUCGUCCUAUUGAUAUUUGAAGGGAAAGAAAUGAUUCUGAACUAAAUUUACAAAAGGUCCCGUACAAAAUGAUGCCUGUUUGUAAAACAUGCACAUUUAAGAUACUUUAAGAUACGAUAAGAUACUUCCAUUUAUUUGUAUCAAUAAACGUAAGAUAUCUUACAUUAAUUAGAAUAUGUGCCCAACGUUUCAAACCUAGAUGCGUUUGAUUAGUUUUCGUGGUAAUGGAGGGGAGACCAUGGUGCCUGUACCUCAAACUUUCUUUUCACUUGGUCACUUGAAUUUGAGCAACCAAAAAAAAAUUAAUUAAAGAAAUCAAAUGAAUGAACUCUUCGAGGUACAAAUUUCCCUAAUUCUACACAGGAUGACAUCAACGAGUACCUCAUUAACUGGGGUAAAUCAAAUGGUAAGAAAAUGUACGAGAGAAAAAUGAUAGUGGGAGCCGUGUUUGAAGAAGAGCACUACACCAUAUUAUACCAGAAAUCUGCCGUUCAUGCCAAGGGAAUUUCUGUGAGUCGUCAUGUGUUUUUUUUUCUUUUUACUCUGCUUAGAUGUGUAGGGUGGUUCUAAUGGCAGCGUCGGCAGCCACACGUGGGAUAGUUAUAAGCCGGAUUUUGAGGAUUCUUGUUUUUUAUUGGAGCAUUUAAACGCUAGGGGAAAAAAACUAUGAUCUUAAAAUUUAUGUACGUAAAGUUAUUUGAGGGUUAAAAUAAAAUAUUUUGUAAUGUGUCUGAGGUUGUUUUUUUGUUAAAAUCCCAAACCCCACUUUUAAUGCCAGAAAUCAAAUGGUAUUUGUUAUGACUAGCAAGCUCUAGUGCAUUGAGGGCUCAAGACUCUAAGCUCUUUUUACACUGUGUAUCAGACCUGCCGCAAACCAGUUACUUUCAAGACAGUUUCCUAGGGCUCACUAAAGCCUUGACUAUAGAUUCCAAAGAAACGUCUUUUUUCCUCCAAAACUGCACUUUUAAAUUUUGUCAAAAUAUUUGUUAACCCUCUAAUACUGCUGCAAAUUUCUGAUGCUUCCUCAAAGUGGCAGGUCCACCUAUAAACUAUCGAACACGCUGAUAGAUAGCCCUGCCCCCCCCACCCCAAAGCCUACUGAUAGACACGCCCCUCCCCUACCACCUGAAGCACACAGAUAGACACCAAUCCCCCCCCCCCAAAAAAAGCCAACAAUCAAACUAAAAUUUUUGCUUUGGUUCAAUAAAUAUGUUACUUUUUUAAAAAUAUGUUCUGUAUUUCUUAAUAUAUUCUGUAUUACUUAAUACGUUCUGUAGUUCUUCAUAUUUUCUGUAUUACUUUAUAUGUUCUGUAUUUAUGUGUGUGAUUCUUGAAGACUCAGCUACUGAUGAACGCCUGGGUUCAGUCCAUGCUGGGCAACGACUUCUCCAUCCAGCUUGGCGUCCUCCACCGACCACCCACGCCGAUGUUAAAGAAAAGUGAGCUUCAGCUGGCCACCAUGUUUUGUCUGGGAUUUGCCAUGGCCAUGGUCCCCGUGGUGUACAUCCAUAGUCUCAUCGCAGAACGUAGUGUAAGCUCUUUUAGACCUUUGCCCAUUCUUGUGUCUCAUUUUAUUUUAUUUUUGUAAAUAAUGAGGUGGGGCCUAGAUUUUUAUUAGUUGGGGUGUGGGUGGUGAAACCCUUGGGAUAAAAAUGAAAAGGUGAUUUUGUGUGUUUUUCUAUUUUUUGUGGGAAUGGGUGGAUAAACAAAUAUUUCUGAACAAUUAGAACGGGUCACUACACAAAUCGUUUGAUAUGGACCAAAUUUUUAACUUGAUACAUCUAUGAAUGAAAUAUAAAUGCAGUUAUCUGGUGGCCUGUAUGUUUCUUUGUACGGUUGUAAGCUAAUCUUCAAUAAACUUCAUUAUUUUUAUUAUUAUUAAUAUAAGGAGAAAAAGACCACCCGGGAUGGAGUAGAUCCUUUGUACUCACUUCUUAAACUACUGCACUGCUUUACAUCUGUUUUGUAAUUGCUAGAUUUCAGUUAAAGUUAAAUUUAAAAAAAAAAACCCACUACAUUCAUUUUAAAAUUUUAAACAGCUACAUUAUAAUUGCUACAAUUGCUUCAGGCCCAGUUUUGGGACUAAACUAAAGCAAAAUGAAAAAAGAAAUUGAUGUCUUUAUUUUCAAUAAACCGACAUUCCUACAAGCAUCUUUGCCGAAUUGUGUCAGAAACUUUUACACUGCAUUCUUGAAUUUCUGCUUCCUAUUUCAGAUGGGCGCGAAACACCUCCAGUCCCUAAGCGGGGUCAGUCCGAUGGCUUACUGGCUGGGUGCCUACAUAUUUGACAUGUUUUUUUUCAUCAUCAUCAUCGCCACUGUCAUGCUGGGGCUUACAAUAAAUCCCAGCCUCUACUUGGCCAGGGGCAGAUGGGCGGUCACUUUACUCAUGUUGGUAUCCUUUGCCGUGGCGAUGUUCCCUUACCUGUACGCCGUCCAGAUCAUCUUCAAGAACCCUGCCAAUGGUGUACUCUCAAUCCUUUGUUUCAACGUCUUCGUGGGUAAGCAAAGAGAGUAUUACGUUAUCUAUAAAUUAAUUCUGAUGAUCAUGUUUACUACCACUAAAAUAUGUGAGAAGUAGUCACUGCAUUCCGGGGGUGCGCUGAUGCAACCUCGCUGGUUGGGGGGGGGGGGGGGCUGGGGUUGUUGUGCCAUUAAAAUAAAUAAGUAAUACAAACUUGGAAGAGCUCAGUGUAUAACGAUAGUUGUUGAAUACAAGGGUAGAGCAAGCACAACUACAAAACAUUGUACCACCAGAGCAGUGUGCCACCAGUGCAGGGUGCCCUCCCAGAUGUCUAAAAGGAUCCCCCCUCCCCCUCGGAAAUUGUCUGAAAGAAACACUUCCUGGCUUCCUGGAACUCUUGGCAAAUAAGAAGAGAGACAAAUUUAGAUUGUUAAGUUUGCGCUUUUUUAGUUCAGAAAGAUGGCAGUCUGUUAUGAAUGAUGGCGGUCCAUAGAGAAAGAUGGCGGUCCAUAGAGAAAGAUGGCGGUCCAUAGAGAAAGAUUGUAAAAGACUUCAAACCUUAUAAGAUAGUUGCCAGAAUGUCUGAUGAUUUGUUUUGUUUUUUUGUCAGGUUCUUCCCUGACCAUGUUUUAUAUUUCUUAUCGUUUAAAUCCAAAGUGAAUGUGUCACCAUGGGAGAUCUGUUGUAAUACAGGCUAAAAAUAUCUCAUUGCUAGGAGUGCUGGUUGCCGUCACGUUAGCUGCCUACAAGGUGAUGAAUGUCGAAUACAGUCUCCUGCACAGGGUAGACAUGCUGCUUGCUCC